AUGUAAUUUUAAUGGGUUUCAAAGUAUAUAGACAAAGUGAAAACACUAAGAAUAUUUCAAUCAGGAAUACCUUAGAAGUUAAUUUGGCUAUGUAAAUAUAACUAAUUUAAUUAGAUGGAACCUACAGGUUCGCUUAGACAAUAUUGCCAAAGGUCCAAUCUAUAGCUGUUCAUUUAUUAUGGAAUUCUAAUUUAAGAAGACAAUAUGGGAAUGGAUGGGCAUUAGUGACAGGAGGUGGUGACGGUCUUGGAAAAGCAUAUGCAAUAGAGUUAGCCAAAAUGGGAUACAAUAUAAUUAUUAUAGGUAGAACCCAAGAUAAAUUGGAUUAGACUAAAUAGCUGAUCCAAUAAGAAUAUAAGGUAUAGAUGGAAACAAUUUAAUUUGAUUUUGAUACCAAUAGUGAAACUUCAUACAAAGAAUUAUAUCAAAAGAUAAUAAGAAUAGGAGAAAUUGCGAUUUUGAUAAACAAUGUUGGAACUUUUGAAAUGCACCCAUUUGAAUAAGAAUAAAAAACAACGACCUUGAUAAAUGUUAAUAUUAAUGCGUGCACCUAUUUAAGUUAAAUGUUAGUUCCACACAUGAAACAGAGAAACAAAAAAUCUUUAAUUUUAUUUGUUGGUUCAGAAACUGGAGAAAGACCACAUAGUGGAUGUGCUAUCCAAUCUUCCACAAAGGCUUACAUUGGAAAUUUAGCUAGAUCUUUGGCACUUGAGUUGUCACCAAAAAUAGAUGUUAGACUAGUCACUCCAGGCCCUAUAUCCACUGGUCUUUUAGAGUAGAACAAAGAGUAUGUGAAUUUCAAAACGAGAUUAUUCAUUUGCACUCCAUCAGAAGUUGCUCAACAAUCUUUACGCAAAGUAACAAUACAAACUCAUAUCAUUGGUACAUGGAAACAUGGAUUGUUGUAAUAUUUAUAAAAUAAAUAAAAAAAUUGAUUUAAUUU